UUUUGCUGCCCAGACUGGAAACCACUGUAGUGCAGUUGGACUUGACGUCUAGCAACACAACAGCACAGACUUUAAACAAGCAGACACGGCGACUUAGCUCGUUAGCGACUGCAUUUACAGGAAGGAAAGAAGGACAGUGACAGAAAGGGUGGAGGCUGGAGAGACAGAAUUUGGAGAGAGAGGGGCAAGAAGUGAGAAGCUGCUGUACCAGUGUGAGAGCUCCUCGGCCCCUUGUGCUGAGCGCGGAACUGCAGCAACCGGACAAAAGACAUAAGAGAAGACUGGGAGGACACGAGGGGAAAAAAAAAGAACAAGCCAGCGACAGAGCUGCUGCGUUCAGAGGGGCUAAGGCGGCAUGCUGAUUAGAGUUUAAGAAGUGAACAGACUGAUAGAGCUCACCUCCACAUCGGCAGGUAGAGGAGAGGACACACACAGACAGGUUGAAGGAGGAGGGGCCAAAAAAGGCAUUUCACCAACCAUUCUGGGUGCUGGCCAUGGCUGUAGGCCUGUUGCUGGGAGGAUAGAACUCAUAUAGCCUUUCCCUUCAUCUGCACCGACACUUCAACUUCCUUCACCCUCACCCCUGUACCUCUGCCCCGACCCUGACCUCGACUCCACCACUCAGCCUCCAAUUUCCUUCCUUCCUCUGCCCUGCUGCUCACUCUCUUCCUCUGUGCCAGCAGUUUUUCCCCUAUUCUUGGGAAGUGUGUGCUGGCUGGAUCAGUUUUCAGGAGACGGGCAGCCCGUAAACCAGUCAGGCACCUGGUUGGUCGACCUGUUAGCUGUUCAGUUAGCUCAGUAAACCGGCCUUGCAACCCGUCCCUGAGCAGAGGAGAAACAGUUUGUGAGUCGUGAGUGACAGCAGCCCUCCAUUCCUGCACAUGGACUGUUGAUGAAGAAAGAUGGCAGUGAGACUGGCAGGAGCCACCCCCUCCUCUCGGCCACCCUCCCCUCCCCCAGCGGGCGCGGCUCGGACCGGUUAAGGUUGUUUGGUUGGCAUCCAUCGUGGCAUCGGCAGCAGCUGGCAGAGAGCUGGAAGGAGCAGUAUGCAGGAAACUGAUUUACCAGCCACAAAUGCCUUCAAAGAGUGCAAGUUCCACUGCACCAAUGGGAAUUGUUUGCGUCUGGGCUCGCUGAUCUGCAACCAGCUGAAUAACUGUGGGGACAACAGCGAUGAGGAGAACUGUCCCGUGGUCACCCAGCACCCCCCGCCUGGCAUCUUCAACUCUGAACUGGAGUUUGUUCAGAUCGUCAUCAUCAUCGUGGUGAUGACGGUGAUGGUGGUGGUGAUCAUCUGCCUGCUCAACCACUACAAGCUCUCCACCUGGUCGUUCAUUACGAGGCAGAGCCAGGCCCGCAGGCACGACCACGCCCUGCAACAGGAUGGGUGUCUGUGGCCUUCGGACAGUGGCUCUCGACAAGGUGCCUCAGAGGUACUCUAUGCUCCCCAGGCCAGGGAGCGCUUCACAGCUCCCUCCUUCAUGCAGCGCGACCGGUUCAGCCGCUUCCAGCCCACCUACCCCUACCUGCAGCACCAGAUCGACCUGCCGCCCACCAUCUCGCUGUCGGACGGCGAGGAGCCCCCCCCUUACCAGGGACCCUGCACCCUGCAGCUGCGCGACCCUGAGCAACAAAUGGAGCUCAACCGUGAAUCGGUGCGGGCCCCGCCUAACCGGACCAUCUACGACAGUGACUUGAUCGACAUGGGAGGAGGCGGGGGCGGAGGGGGAGGGGGAGUAGGAGGAGGCGGGGGUGGCAUUGGGGGAGGCGGAGGAGGAGGUCCUAGACCGCCCAGCAGCAACUCGGGCAUCAGCGCGGCCAACUCCAGCAGCCACGGGCGCAUGGAAGGCCCCCCGCCGGCGUACAGUGAGGUGAUGGGCCACUACCCCGGCUCGGCAUUCUUUCUACACCAGCACAGCAAUAACCAGAGGGCGGGGGGGCCGGGGAGCAGGACGAUCCAACAGCAGAGCCAAUCAGAAAGCACAAUAGUACCUGCCAAGGCCAAGGACGGCCAACCAGAGGACCUGGUGUGAGGAAAGAGAGGGGCGAGGCUGAGGCUGCCACCCACCCCAGACUAAGAACUGUGUCUCUCCUCCUCACCUACAAGGAGUGGUCUCUCUAUCGCACUCUCUCUCUGUAUCUGUCUCUCUCACCUGUCCUCUCCUCUCUAAACACUCCCAUGCACAAAUAAAUAUCAACCUUAGCUACAACAAAACAAGGAAAGAGAGGAACCAACUGUUGAUUUCAUUUCUUUCUUUUCCUUUCUGUUAUUAAUUCAAAUAGCUAGCACUGCUGGGGCAAGAUGUAUGCACUGCGCAGAGAGGUUUUUUUUUCCAGCUUUGUAGCUGUCUUUCUUUUACUUUAAUAUUUCCUUCAUAUGAGAAAAAAAAUACAAUGCUAGCACAGAUUGAAUGAUUUGCUUUUUGGGCCCCGGGAUGGGUCUGUCCCUGGGAGUGAGGAUGUUUCUUUUCGUUUCUUUCGGACCGGGAUCUGUGCACAAGCAAGAACUGCGAAUCGAGGACUAGAGAACACAACAAACAAGAGACUCACAAACCCAAAUCUUAGUGCCAAGGUUCACGAGGAAGCAAAACAAGGGGGGAAAAAAUGACUUGUCUAACAUUCAAAACAAACACAAAAAAGAAAAGUUAUCUAAAAGUUGCACUAUCUAUUUGUUGUAAAAGAGAAGAGGGAAAUGAUGCUCUACGUAUGUGAUAAUGAUGAUGAUGUGUUGUUGUUUUUCUUUUUGUUGUCCGUUUCAUGAAUGGACUGACUGACUGAACUUUGGCUCCAAAGUUAUUUUAACAGUUGGGAGCAAAAAGUAUUAUAAGCUUAUGUCCUUCCUUUUUUGAAAACUGCAAGAAAUACUCGUACCCAGCCUACAACAUCCCUGUCUGCUUACACCACAGGCACAGUGAGACUUAGUAAAAGAAUAACCUUGUACUCCAUGUCUGUGUACACUUCUGCCUACUGGGAAAGAAGUCUGCUUUCUAAUCAGCCGCUGGGUGGAUGAGCCAUUACUUACUUCCUCUGAUAGUUUCUUACAAUAUCUGACCGCAGUCGGGGCGUUAGCUCUCCCACAUAGAGAUGUUAUUGAGCUAAAAUGAGACUUAAAAGUUCAAGGGGAGUGUCGAUCACCAGAGGGAACAAAGAAGUGUUUGAUUUGAACAAUUUCCUUUGAGAAAUCUGGUGGCACUGCAUAGAAAGUCAACCCCAGCCUUGAAUGAAAGUGUUUCUUAAAUCAGUGAAACAAAUGCCUGAAUAAUUUAAUUUAUUAUUAGUGUCUAGUUAGUCCAAGAAUUAUGUGGGGUGGUAUAUACAACACAACAUAUCUGAUUGUCCAUCCAGCAGCCUGGUUAUAGCAGAUCCUUCUCUUUUCAAAUCUGUCCCGCCCUCUUGAGUACCUGACAGUUCCUUUGUGCCCCGCAUCGAUUUCUCCCUCUCCCGUUCCUCCCUCCCUUUCUCAAGCCGUUCAUCUACAUGUGCACAGUGCAUUCUGCCAACAGUCACGCUAAAACUACAAUCCACCGCCAUGACAACGAAGGAAAAAAAAUGAAACAGAAGAAGGCUCAGCUCUCCGUCUUCACAUUCUUAAGCCACAAAAAAAAACAAAAAACAAAAAAAAAAAAAGAGACGACACAAAGUGAAGAUUCCUGUCUGCGUCCGCCAGCACAGUAAUCAGGUUUUAAACGAAACUGUCUGUGGUCGAAGUCAAGGGCUAUGGGAGGGUCCUUUUUUUAAGAAAAGAAAAAAAACUUUUUGAAAAUCUAGCCUUUUCUCUGCUCAUCGUUGCCUUCUCCUCUGCUCUUGCGCUUUCUCUGUCUGUCCCUCUCAAUUGAAGCCAGUGCCCCCCCUCCCCUCUCCCCCCGCCGCCCGCCCAGCUUUCUAACAGUGUUUACCAGCCGUCUCUCCAUCAUCCCUCCUUCUAUCUGUGUGCAGAUAAAGUGCGUUCAAACGAUGCAGAGUCCGCCAAGCCCUUUAAAGUGGAGACUGGAGUGGAGCCCUUGUUUGGCAAUGUGCUAGUGCAGUCCUCUUUUCCCCGUGUGUGUGUGUGUGUGUGUCUGUGUAUCUGUGUGUAUUUGUAUGUGUGAAACAUUUUACCAACACAGAAAAGCACUUAAUGUUCCAGCAGGAGCAUUGAGUGUGUACACGUGUGUGUGUGUGUGUGUGUGUGUGUCUGUGUGUAGCUGAGCAAAUACUUAGCCGACUGCAUUGUACGAGUUUUGAGAUUCAAGGACAUGAGUGAUUUUGCGCUGUCCAUAUUAACACAUCAUUAAUUAAGCUUUCGCUGGACUCCUGGGGAGCCUCUCUGUAAAGAGCUACAGAUUCAUGCCACAAACCACGUCACAAGUCGUAUCAAGGCUGCACUCGGCAAGACUUCGAUGUACAGAUAGGCUGAAAUCACAAAACUGCAGUAGAGAUCAUAUUCUAGUGUCGGGUAUCAACACCGGCAGGAAGUCUAUCUUAGCACACAGGAAGUGGAAGAAAUUAAGUAAAAUCCAAACCUCUUUCCCACCAACUCUAUUAGACACUAGGAAGAAGAAACUGAAUUUACUACAGUCAUGUUACAAGAUUUAUGGAUAGUGAAGCACUUCAAAGGUGCACCACCCAAAACUGCAAAGUGCUGUGAAUGAAGUGAGGACUGAUUUAAAAAAAAAAAAAAAAUAGCCAAGCAAGCACAUCAUUCGAUACUUGAGUCUACAUGGUUUUCAUCAUCAGACCGACUCAAUGAUAGGUUAUGUGCUUACUCCGUGUCUUUUAUCAGUUGAAUCUAUGGGAUUCCUCACUUCAGCUGGCCCAGUUUUGCAUAUUGCACCUUUAAACUCAAAUUCACUUAGUGCCGUCAGUCUUCAGACUUGCCCAUUGCAGCUUUAAGGAAUAUUUUGAAGUUAUGGCAUCAUGCAGACUCAUCAGAGAGGCCUUGAGGUCCCAGUCCAGCCCUCAUUGAGACGUUAAGCUCAGUUCCAGGUGUGACGUCGCAGCGCGAAGGCGGCCUGUCAGUGGUCAAGAUGAACCAGAGAUGGUGGACAGCAGGAUGUUUCCCUCCUUGUGAACCUGCAGCUCAUGUCUGACUUCACACUCUUCAUGAUGAAAAAGUCCUUUUGUUAGUUUAUUUCUUAGGCUUAGAUAUCGAAAGCCUUCCGAUUCUGUUAGUAUCAGUGUGUGUUCUGCUGUGUGUCGGUAUGAAUGUAUGCAUGUAUCCCAGGCGUGUGUUUCUGGUCAGUGUGUCCAUCCUGGCUCUACGGAUGUGUGUGUGUGUGUGUGUUACUACAUCGCUGCUGCUAUCACUGCUGCUGCUGCUACUAUUGUUGCUACUGCUGCUUCUCGUGUCCCCAGUACGCUUCCCCCCCUCUGUCCAUCUGGUCCCUUCAACUGAAUAGAAACAUAGAAGGAUAGACGCAUAGAAAUCUUGUCAUCUGCAGUCAAAAGCACAAGUAUUGAGGCAAAAAGUCAGUCUUGUUUUGUUACUCGUGGUUUUAAAGUAUUUAACACUGGAGGCAUACCAAGACCCAUAAUCAAAAAGUGUUCUUUUGCAGCCUUUUCAUUUAACGUCAAGAUCAUAUUACUAGAAGAGUCAGCUGCCAUAAGGAAUAGUGUCAUCUUCCUGUCCCAACACUUCAGCCUUUGACUGUAAGAACCUGCUUCCACUCUCCUUACUCCUACUUCCUUCUUUCUUCUGUUUUCUCAGCUUGUUCUGUCUGCGCGGUCAUAGCUUGUAAAUGGAGGAUAUACAGAUGAAUUUUAUGUUUUCUACAAGGAGGUUUGCAUGUUACUAUUAUGUGAGUAAAUAAGGUGCCUAAUGUUCAUGUUUGAGCAGACCACACUUCAGUCAAAUUGUAUCUUGGAACCCUUGCAGAUGCUCAAUCUCAGUCUGACCAGCUGUCUGGCAGAAUGGAAAGUUAAAAAAAAAAAAAAAAAAAUGGUUGAACCAGUUUGCUCAAGUUUGCCAACAGGUUCAUAAUCUGUGCUUUUGUAAGUCAGUGGACAAGCUGUUUGACAAAAACAGACUCUUCUUAAGAUGUAGAUGAACCUACAAAACUAUACGUUAACACAGAAAAUUUGCUGCCAUAGGACCAGGUUCGUUUUUGGCCUCGGCGGGCUCCUGUAGGACGCCUGGUUUCACGUCAGCAAACCACUGACUUUAUCUUAGAAUUGGUUGCAUUUGGUCACCUGGUUGGAAAAUGGCAGGAGCGUUUGGGUUUGCACUUUUCGACCAGUUUACCGGUGCGAUUGUUUCCAUUGUGCCAGACAUGAGCAGUCACUCCCAGAGCAGCAGCUGAAGCCGUUCCAACCAGUAAUUUGACCCGUGUGUGGAGCAGACAUAGGAACCCACUUGCACUCAAAAGCUCCCACCUUCGUUGUGCCUCACUUCCAACGGUGCUUUUUUCAGUAGUCUGUCUUUCUUUAUGUUUGUUUGUAAGGUGCUGUAUAUAACUUGAAUAUAUUAUGCACAUAUCCUACCCAAUGGGUAGAAACCACAAAAAAUGUUGUGAAUAAUGUAAUAUAAUGUAUAGACAAUAUAAGAAUUUUAAGAAGGCAGCAUCAAAUUUGUAAAUGCCUACAGUAAAAAUGUGCUUUGUCUGUUUUUUUAAUGAGAAAACAUGGUUUGCAAAGUAUGCUUAGAAAUAUGGUUGCAACACAAAUACAAAUUACUACUUAUAAUAUUUUGCUAUAAAUAAUAGUCUGUUAUGAUAAGGAUGAAAUAACCUCUGGAUUAAGGAAGUUGCUGAAAAAUGAUAUUAUUCACUUGUUUAUUGGAUUCCUCUUCUAAGAACAACUUUUCACAGCGCUUGCCAUCAUUUGGGUACUGGCCAGUGGUUUUGUUUUGACCACAGUCAACUAACGCAUAUAGAGUUAUAUUACACAAGAAAACAUAUUUCACACCUGUCAGCUGGAAGAGUCUUUGUGCCACAACUUCAGCUGGGCAGAUUUUUCCAACUCAACUUGCUUUGUAGUCGCGGUGAACAAACGCAGAACCUGGUUGUGUUGGGAGAAGCAUCAUGUGACCACUGAAUACAAACUGUAGCCAGUUCCUGAAAUGGAAGAAUGCACCUGUACUCACUGAUCUUACAAUGUUUUAGUUGAUUUCAACAGUAGUUUUGUAUAUCUGCCAAAAUAUAACACUCAGAACAAUGAUACUUUACAGUAAACUAUUGAGCACACUCACCAUUGCUAAAGACCUGGCUAAAGAUAUUAUUACGCUUUGGCUGCGUUACAACAUUUCAGCUGUAGUAAAAGGAUGAUCUUUUGAGUUUUGAGAAGAUGAAUGAAGUAUCGUAAAGGUUUGCUGAAUGGGAAAUAGCAAAGGAAACCGGUCAUUCCCUUGUUGUCAAGAUUGUAAAGUUGCACCAGCGUGAAAACGUGAUGAGUGGAGAUGAAUGAUGAAUAAUGCCGUUAAACAAACUUUGUCAUUUAACUUUUCUCUAUUAUGUUUUCAUUUUAUACAUUACAAUGUUACAUGUGGCACAGUAUAUUGGAACAAAAAGUCCAUGUUUAACCUGCAGUCAUUUAUUUACAGUAUGUACAAAAAAAAUAAGUCCACUGUACAAUAACCGCAGAGCAUGUUCAUUCUUAUCUAUAGACGAUGUACAUAGCAACGCGCCAUUUUCUUCAAAGCACCAAAUAAGUGGCAGUUGUGUAGUUUAUAUUCGGACAGGUCUUUAUUGUAACUCUGGCUGGAGCGCCACCGGCUCUCCCUCUUCUUAUUAGACCUUUUUUUUUAUGUUUCCUGCACUAGCUUGAAGAACUAACUUGGGCUCAGACUGAUUUUAUUUUAUUUUUCCCUGCAGCGCGCUCCUUCUUUCCACUUAUCAGAAGUCUGUACUCAACUGCUGACAACAAGUAGCUGUUUUUAUCGUUCCAGAUUUUAAUAAUAAUGAUAAUAAUAACAAUGAUAACGUCUCAACAGUUUGGUAUUCUCUCUGUCUUGACAGUUACCAUAGGACUGCUUCCAUCAUGGGUUUUGUAACAUCGGUUUGCUUUAUUUACAAAAUGAAUCCUUCUCGUCCCCCCCUCCCCCCCUCUGUGUUGAAGUACAUAUGACUGUAUGCAUCAAGUACAUAUACAGUAUAUAUACUUUAGAACACACAGAGGUAAAAUUGUCGUGUAUUUUUGCCUCUUUUUAUUUAAGCAAUUGUGAUGUAAUAGGUUUUAGGCCUAAGGUCUGUUAUUGCAAUACUUUUACAGAAAAGAAGAAAAAAAAAUCAAAAAAUGUUGCUCUAAGUGCUGUUGUAGUCAAAGAUUUUAUGCUUGUACUUAUGCUGUAGUCAAACUGCAGCGUAAUGAAUAAAACUUUAAAAGUGA